AUGUUAGGAGAACUCAAUUUUUUCUUGGGGCUACAAGUUAAGCAAUCUGAUGAGGAAAUUUUCAUUUCACAAAGCAAGUAUGCCAAGAAUCUGGUGAAGAGAUUUGGGCUCGAGACUGCCAAGCCUGCUAAAAUACCCAUGGGAACCACAAUCAAACUUUCCAACGAUGAAAAUGUGACCCAAGUGGAUCCAACUCUUUACAGGAGUAAGAUUGGCAAUCUUCUAUACUUAACUGCUAGUCGCCCAGACAUUAGUUAUAGUGUUGGAGUGUCUGCUCGAUUUCAAGGAAACCCAAUGGAAUCAAAUAUGACUGCUGUAAAAAGAAUUAUUCUUUAUGUGAAAAAUACUCUAGAAUUUGGUAUAUGGUACUCAAAAGAAACAGACUCUAACCUUGUGUGCUAUAGUGAUACAGAUUGGGCAGGAAACACUGAUGACCGUAAAAGUACAAGUGGUUGA